AUGAUGACCGCGGCGGCGCAGGUGGCGGCGGAGGGUGAGUACGCUAAGGCUAAAACGUCGGUUUGGUGGGACAUUGAGAACUGCGCGGUUCCCAAGAGUCAGAAUGCUCAUGAGAUCGGUCUGAAACUAAAGUCGGAGCUGAUGAAGAUGAAUUACUGUGGACCUCUCUCAAUCACUGCCUACGGCAACACCAAUCUCAUCCCUAAAUCCGUCCAGCAAGCUCUCUCUUCCACUGGAAUCACUCUUAACCACGUCCCCUCCGGAAGGAAAGACGCGAGUGACAAGAAGAUUCUGGUGGAUUUGCUUCUGUGGGUGGUGGAUAAUCCCGCUCCGGCCAAUAUAAUGCUUAUCUCCGGUGACAGAGACUUCUCUGAUGCUCUUCACAAGCUUCGAAUGAGGGGAUACAAUAUUCUCUUGGCACACCCUCAACAAGCUUCAGUCCCACUUGUGGCUUCUGCAAAUGUCACAUGGAUCUGGAGAAGCUUAUUGCCAAGUGUUAGUCCUCCUACACAGUGUGUCGUUGGCAAUGGAAGUUAUCCCUCUCAGUCCCGAAGUAAACUCAAUGGAAUCUAUGUCCAGAAAUCAGUGAACCAGCUCUCGCAACAACAGAAGACAGGUAGAAAGAAGUUUCAGAAGAGCUGCAUUGAAUCUGUCUUGUUCUGCAAAGUUUGCAAUGUUGAUUGCAAAAGCUUUGAGCAUCUCUCGGGUAAAGAACAUGCUGCUCAGUGGGAGCUGAAGCAGAACUUGGAGUUGUUUGGUGAGCCUGAAAACAUGGUUGCAGCACCAAGUGAAUGUCAUGAGGAGAUGACUAAUAAGGUGGUUGAAGCCAGAGUUGAGGCGAGUGAACAAUUCAGUUUGUGCAGUGUGGUAAAGAAUCAAGCAGAGGUUCUCGUUGAUGCUAAGAACAUUGAAGAAGAAAGUGUUGAAGACAAUGAGAUUCAGUCUCGGGAUGCGCAACAGUAUAUGAAGUGCUUGGAGAAGGAACUGAUGGAGCAGACUUGUACAGCAUCUGAAAACAGUAGCAGAGAGUUUUUGCAUGAUUUUAAGGAAAGGCUAGAGAGUGAUGGUGUAGCUUCUGUGAAUGUAGAUUGUGUCUUCAGUGAACUAAGCCGUGACUUUCAGGUUCCGAAAGAAGUGAGGGAAUGGUUUGAUACGAUCCUCAAGAAACUAGAACCUUCACAAAAGGAGACUAAUGAGACUGUGAUCGAGGAGUUGGAGAGCAUGCUUAACCAGGGCUUGGAAAUGAAGUCAGGUGAGUCAGAAAAUGCACCUGCAGGAACUGAGCAUCUCGAGGAGGACAUGAACAAGAAGAAGAAGAGGAAGAAAAAGAAGAGUACAUUGGUUGAAGAUGGAGCUGAACCAUGUAUUUGCAGUAUUUGCAGUUUCUCUUGCGAUCAUCCUACCAAUUUCGAGUUUCAUCUUAAGAGCCGAAAGCACAAUGCUAAGGUUAAGAAGCACGCAGAGGCUCUGCUUGAUAAGCAUAUUCAAGGGGAGAUCAUUCAAGAUAUUGGUCAGCUGAAAGAAGUGAUAGGGGAGAUCUGUUUUCAGCCUGGAGAGGCAGUUGAGAGCAUGGACUGCUUAGAGAAGCAAAACCAGGAGCUGAGUGAGGAGAGAUGUGACACCUCUGAAAAGAGUGUCGAAGAACUUUUUCAAGAAGUGGUAGUGGAGAAUGAGAACAAAUCUCUUCCAAACGCCGAGUGUAUCAUCACCGAACUAAAACCUGAGCUUUCAGCUCCCAAAGAAGCUAGUGAACGGACUGCUGAUGCAAGUUUAACCCGGGAGCUAGAGAGUGUACAAGAUCUGAACCUCGAAAUGAAGUUAGGCGAUCCUGAGGAGAAGAUGGAGAAGAAGAAGAAGAAGGACAAAGUGGCUAAAGAACGUGAAGUAUAUGUGUGUAGUAUUUGCAGUGUGAGCUGCGAUCAUCCAAUGGUCUUUGAGACUCAUCUGAUGGGCAAAAAGCACUCUGCCAAGGUGAAGAAACACGCAGAGGUCCUCUUUGAUGACAAGAAAAUUCUAGAAGAAAGCCUUAAAGAGAAAGAUCAUCCAAAAGAGCUACCGUUUCAGUCUAAAGAGGCACAAGUUAGUACCAACGAACUUUGUCAAGACACUGAAGAAGAACGAGCAAGUUAUGAGAGUGAACAGAUUCAACAAAGUGCCGAGUUUCCGGAAAUCAAAGAAGCGAGCGAGCGUUUUGAUUCAAUGGUCAAGAGGUUAGAACUUUCACUGGAGGAAACAUUGAAGAAGAAGUCUAGUGAGGCUGAUAACGCAUCUGAAUGUGAGCGUGCGGAGGAGGAAGUGGCGGAGAAGAAGAAGAAGAAGAAUGGGAGUCAAAUUUUGUGUUGUGAGUGGUGCAAUGUGAGGUGCAAUACCCAAGUUAACUUUAAUGAUCAUCUGGCUGGUAAGAAGCAUGUGAAGAAGCAUCUUGCCGUGUUGAAUCUGUUGAUGACUCAAUAA